AUGGACAAAUGGUAUGAGUCUUUCGAGGGAAUACUAGCUAUCCACCAGGACAAGUUUGUUACUGCUUCGGCACCAACACGUCAAAGUAUUUUGAAGACAAUACACGAUCAGAUUGUCACAAAACAUAAGUCACUGGAGGAUCCUGCUGCCUUGCUGAAGCCUUUAAGAAAGGCCAUUAGGCGCUACUAUCUCCAGUUCUUAACCGAUGAGGAUGAUAUUCAAGCUGAAGGAGAGUUCCUGGAAGAUGAACAGGACAAUGAAGCACUUGGUGUAUCCCCUGAGGAGAGGGAGAUGGCAGCUCGUCCAAAGGAUGCCGCAUUUUACAAGAAGGAAAUUACUGACUGGGAUGUCGCACAGAAGUUGUUCAAGCAGGAAAUCGAUGACUAUGACAAGGAGGAGCAAUCAAAGUUGGGGGGAAAACAUUUGAUUAAAUUCUGUACAGGACACGCGAGGGACUGGUUUAACAAUAUGACUCCUGCGCAACGUGAGGAGGUAGAGGACGUGAAGGAAAAGUGGAAUAGGGAAGGUGCACCAGCAGAAGCGCAGGCAAUGUAUCGGAAGAGGAACCUCAAAAGAGUCCUGGACGAUUUUACAGAACAAAUUCGUCGUACUAUGGGGUGUCAGGUUGUGAUGCUAGUCAGUCACAAAAAAAAAUCUGAUCAGACUCUAAGUGUCGUCGUCCAUGAGUCUAAGCCCUUGAAUGGCAAAAAAGUGUUCACACAAAGUUCUCGCGGCAACAAAGAAUGGACAUCUGAUGGUUUUACAAAAUUUGCGGAGUGGUCCAAGUCGGAAUUCUACCCUGAGGACUCUGAUGGAGUGUCAGACAAUGAGGACGACAAGGACGAUACCAAGGAUAAGUUGCCUGAACUUGUCUUAGACAAGACAGGCUAUGCAAAGCUUCCUUCACACGCUGGUAUCAAUGCGAAAGGACAGCAAGAAUUAGUCCAACAGAUCUUCCAUGCGUCGUACAGUGAGUUGAUGUCUGUUCGGUCAGCUUUGAUGGGACUUAAGGUUGGUUGGGUAGAAGUUUUCACUGACAGUACCAAGCCAGUACCUUGGCGUGAGGUUGUGGCUAAGCCAAGUUUGUACUUGGACCUGGAGUGCCUCCCCAAGGGUUUCUUGUUGAGGGAUCCCUCUCAUUUGAGGGCUGACGACAUCACCAAGCUGUGGGACCAUUGGGAAGUCAGACGGGCAGCCAAGCAAAGAUUGAUUAUUUUCCUUGCAGGCAAGCUUGCUGAUAUGAGCAAAGAGAGCCUGCAGAACGCAGUUCCCUAUAAGGGGGACAAAAAGGUAUAUGUGGAAAUCAGUCAAGAAAAUGAGGACGAUACCUCAGCCAAGCCACCUACGACACGUACCAAAGGGCCGGCCGGGACUAAGGCUGCCUCCAGUGCCUCGGCCAGCACAUGCCCCACACCACGUACCAAAGGGCCGGCCGGGACCAAGGCUGCCUCCAGUGCCUCGGCCAGCACACCCCCCACACCACGUAUGAAAGGGCCGGCCGGGACCAAGGCUGCCUCCAGCGCCCUAGCCAGCACACGCCUUGCACCAAGUACCAUCAGCCCAGCUGACGAUGACUCUUCAGAAGAUGACUUAGCCACAACAUCCUUUGCAGGACGUACAACAGGGCCGGCUGCUAGGCCAUCUGGCGCUCAAGAAGGAGCACCCGCGGCAGUUCCAAUGAAGGAUCGCGUGCAGUUCUUGAAGUCCCUGAGCAAUAAUGAUAAAUACCUGCUGUUGGUUGAAGGGGUCAGAGACUUGGAGAAGGGACCAAGCUCUGAGGAGCAAAGGGACUGGCCUACCUGGGCAACAUGGUCUUGGGAAGAAUCGUACCUUCCAAAUGCUGUGCACUCCGAAGAUGGUGUUGUAGAAAUUUUUUUGGACAUGAUCGCAUCUGCCAAGAUCACCAGCUUGCCCUCAGGAAUGUGCGUCACUUUGGGUCUCGGCUUACUGCUCAGGGAAUGUAAACGUGCUAUCGAGUAUGAGGUGGACGAAGCCCCUCACAACACCCCCACUUACCUUGGUGCCUCGACCUUAGAUAUCAAGAUCCUCAGCCUUGUUGAAGAUUUGGUCGAUACUGUCAGAGGUAGGAUGCUUCCAACGCUCAAGGGAAGGGAGGGUCAGCAAUGUGCUGCAGGAGAGCAGGAGGAGAAGGAAAGGGAUCACAAGUUGGAGGUCAGGCAGCACCUGGAGGAAGAGUUGAGGAUGUUGGAGGAGGCGAAAUCGAGGAAUAAGAGGUUAAAGGAUGAUAUGCAGAAGCUGCAGGAGGAAACAAAGAAGCUUGUGGAGGAAAAUGAGUCCCUGGAGAGACAGAGAGUGGAAGUGGAGCACAAUGGUGAGUCGGAGGCAGAGGUAAGAGUGGAGGUGAAGGGGAAAAAAUGGAGCAAGUCGGGUGAAUCUGGAAAGCCACACAAGAUCACCAAGACUGACGACAUCCGUCGCUCUUCCAGAGCUAGGCUGCCCUCCAAGAAAGCAAUGAAAUAUUAG